AUGUACUUCUUCCUGGGCUCACUGUCUGCCGUAGAGGUGGCCUACACACUGGUACUCACCCCGCGGAUGCUGGCUGGCUUCCUCCUGCCUCCUGGUGGCCAGGCGGUGGCACCCUCUACCUGUGCCGCCCAGAUGGGUCUCUUCGUGGCUCUGGGGGGCUCUGAGUGCCUGCUGCUGGCGGCCAUGGCUUUGGACCGCUACCUGGCUAUCUGCCGCCCCCUCUACUACCCUCAGCUCAUGACCUCGGGGCUCUGUUGGGCCCUUCUAACGUGCUGCUGUUUGGGUGGCUCCAUUCUAGCCUUGGGCCUUACCACUGCUAUAUUCCAGCUGCCUUUCUGUCAUGGUGGCCUCGUCAAUCACGUCUUCUGUGAUCUCCCAGCUGUGCUGGUGCUGGCCUGUGGGAACCGGGAGCUUCAGGAGCAUGUGUUACUGGCGGCGUGCAUGCUUCUGCUGGUGCUGCCUCUGAUCCUUAUCUUGCUGUCCUACACCAGGGUACUGGUGGUCAUCCUGGGGGUGGGGGAUAGCGCAGGCCGCCGCAAAGCCUUCAACACCGUGGCAUCGCAUCUCACGGUGGCCGUGCUCCACUACGGCUGCGCCACGGCCAUGUACGCCAGACCCCUGAGCAGCCGCUCCCUGGAGGAAGAUAAGCUGGUGUCGCUCAUCUACAUAAACCUCACACCGCUGCUGUACCCAGCCAUCUACACACUGCGCAACCGGGACAUGCAGGGUGCCCUCCAACGUGUGGUCAGCCAGAGGACCACGGGGGCGGUCCAACAAGCUGAUCUUGUCUAG